AUGUCCUUGGACUGUCUGGACCCGGACUGCUCAGCGCACGGCCACUGUGUGGCCGGUCUGUGUCUGUGCGGCAAAGGCUGGAAGGGCGCCGACUGCGCCGAACCGGACUCGGAGGCCAUCCGGUGUCUGCCCGACUGCACCGGUCACGGAAACUUUGAUCUACAGCUCCAGCAGUGUAUUUGCGACGAGAGAUAUACCGGACCCGACUGUUCACAAGAGCGAUGCGAUCUGGACUGCGGUAAUAACGGUCACUGUCAGAGCGGUGAGUGUCUGUGCGACGAGGGCUGGACGGGUGCCAAAUGCGCGGAACGGCUUUGCGACCCACGAUGUCUCGAGCAUGGUCAGUGCAAAAAUGGCACCUGUCUUUGCAUACAGGGAUGGAAUGGUAAACACUGUACUCUAGAUGGUUGUCCCAAGUCGUGCAACAAUCACGGCGACUAUGGACUGAUCGACUGCGCCGACCCGGAGUGUUGUUCGAGCAAAAAGUGCGAGGGCAAACAACUUUGCUUCUCUGCCUCCGACCCGCAGGACAUACUGUUGCGGAAACAGCCGCCGGCGGUCACCGCCUCCUUCUUCCAGAGGAUGCAGUUUCUUAUCGAAGAGGAAUCCGUUCAGAGUUACGCCCAUAAGAGCGCAUUCAAUGACAGUCUAUUCUGGAACCGAUUCAACGACAGCCGGGCGUCAGUCAUCAGAGGCCAAGUGGUGAAUCACGGCGGACAGGGUAUCACCGGAGUGCGCGUGGGAGUGGCCACGGAUCCGAUGCUGGGCUUUACGCUAACCCGUGACACGGGUUGGUUUGAUCUGAUGGUCAACGGUGGCGGCGCCGUCACACUGCACCUGCAACGCGACCCCUUCCGACCCGCGCAACGCGUGGUAAUGGUUCCCUGGAAUGAGAUAGUUGUCUUGGAUCGGGUCCAGUUGACCAUCGAUGACAGGGGCAGCGGUGCUGAUGGUGGGAAAGCGGCCAUU